UGUAAUGUAUAUCAAAAUAUCAAAUGACUUUAUUCUUGCUAUGUAACUACUGCCAUGUGUGUAGUGACUAUGAUGACCUUUUUGUCACUGUGGAAAUCAAAGAGCUAUUUCAGUACAUCACUCGGUAUACUCCUCAGACCAUUGAACUAGACCACAAGCUGAAACCCUUUAUACCUGACUUCAUCCCAACAGUCGGAGACAUUGGUGCCUUCCUUAAAGUCCCACGUCCUGAUGGCAAAGCAGACAACCUGGGGCUGUUGGUCCUGGAUGAGCCCUGCACCAAGCAGUCAGACCCCACCGUCCUGUCACUGUGGCUCUCUGAGAACAGCAAGCGGCACAACAUCACGGAGGUAAAAGUGAAAAGUGUGGAGAACCCAGAGAAGAAUCCCAAAGCCAUUGAGAACUGGAUGGAGAGCAUUAGUGAGCUCCAUCGCUCCAAACCCCCCGCCACUGUCCACUACACCAGGCAAGUGUUUACUUUACCUCACUGUACUGCUGCUGCCCUAGCCUAUUCAGUUAUUCAUGUGAAGGUUAGCCUACCAACGGCCGAUAUCAACUGUGAUCUGACCGAGUACAUUGAUGUCAUAUGUGGCAUCCUCGACAUCCCCGUCUACAAGAGCUGGAUUCACUCACUCCAUGUGCUGUUCACCCUUUACUCUGAGUUCAAAAACUCACAGCAUUUCAAAGCCUUAGCGGAGGGUCAGAAGUCGGACACUCAGUCAGCUCCUCGCUCCGCCACUGGAGAGCUAGACACACUAGCUUUGACUGAGGACAGACAACUGACGCCUGUAGGGCCCCAAACAUCCAAGUGACCAGACAUUACCAAGGCUCCUCCAUCCAUGAAACUGUUUAGUUGUGUCCCAAAAGGCACCAUUUAAAAGGCCAUUUGGGAUGCAGUGGAGCAUGUGUUUUAACAGACAAAGCAACCUGGAUCCUAUGCUUUCACUUUCCAAUAGUGUUAGAUCAAUGAUAACUGUGCUUUGUGGAAAGGGGGAAGGAAGGAUUAAUUUAGAUGUAUGCAGUGGCUGAUCCUGAAAAAAAUCUCAGGAGGGGCAAUUUUUCUGAUGAUUUAGGUGACCUACACACAUUUAAAA